AACAUAAAUGAGCAAGAGCAAGACGAGAUUGUUUGUGAACCUGAAAGAGCUCUGAUUCCCACUCUCAAAGUAGCAAGUUGUUGCCAUUUGCUGAGCGCAGAAUGCAGACCUCAGAAGAGGAACCAGAACAAGAGCGGACUUGUCCGCCCCCGGACGCCGGCAGCCAUGGCCCGCAGCCCAGACCACAAUCCACUUUCUCCAACCAAGGAGAAUCGCACCGACCAGAACCGGCGCCAGGCGGAAACGCUGCGGAAGUUGGCCAUACAGCUGAGGCACAUGGGAGACCGCAUCAACCGCAGGACGGUUCAGGAGCAGGGUCUCCGGCAGGAGGGCAGAGUCGCACUGGCUCGCCUGGCCCUGUUUGUCUUUGGAAGAACCCAGGUGCUGCUGCGCUUCCUCUGGAAUAACCGCGUGCUGUAGAAGGAAGAGCCGUGCCCGUCCGCUUUCCGCUCUCCUGCGGGAACCGCGUCCUGCAGAAUCUUCGCCUCCGCCUCCGCUUUGCGCCCGCCCCGUGCUCUCUGCAGGCGUUUGGGGGACUGCAGCGUCCCUGGCCGCUGUCUUUCGGUGGUUGUGACUGGGAGAUCAGGAGGACCCCGAGCCGAGGUGGCCCCAGUGCCCCUGCCAGGCCACCCCAGGAACUCCCUUCUGGGCGUGGAGUAGAACUUCCUCCCAUGCAGUGGCCACCAGCGCCCCUCGGCCGUCCCAUCUCCGUACCCCGGCUCUCAGCCCCCGGUCCCGCAGCAGCGAAGCUCCUCUCUCAGGCCUACGGCACCGCCCCUCCUCUGUGACCCCUCCAGCCCGUCCCUCACCACGCUGAGCUUGGCCACGGUCCUGGACAUCUUGCACGGCUCUGCCAUUGGCCGUUAGCUUUGCCCGCUUAAAAUGAGGGUCACGGAGUCCUCGCGCUAACUUCUGGAGCGCAAGGCCCGACUGAGUACAAACUCAGCACCAGCGGGAGCCUGGAGCUCUUUUCCUGCCCCCGCUGAUUCCCGGGCAGGCGCUGAUCAGCUGGCAGCCCCUGUGCUGGGUGAAUGCAUGGCUCCUUCUCUUUCAUAAGAGAAUAACCUCCCAGCCCCCGUUAGAGGAAUUGCAAGUGUUAAGAAGGUUUGUUACUGUUAUAAAUUAAAAAUUCUAUGUGUGUGUGCGCGUGUGCAUCUUGAGUUCUUCAUAGGAAAACUGUUACGUUAAAAAAACUGAUUUUAAAAAUGAAAUAAAUAUUGUUGUUCCACUG